GUGGAAGCACGGAGAGCACAACGUUACAUAGGAACUAUGGCGAGAGUGGGUAGAAUGAAACUGGGUUCAGAAGGGAUGGAAGUGUCUAUGCAGGGUCUUGGGUGCAUGGGCAUGUCUGCAUUCUACGGUCCUCCAAAGCCAGAACCCGAUAUGAUUGCUCUUAUCCACCAUGCCAUCCAAAGUGGUGUCACUCUUCUUGACACUUCUAAUGUCUAUGGCCCUCACACCAACGAACUCCUUCUAGGAAAGGCUUUGAAGGGAGGGAUGAGACAGAAUGUUGAAUUGGCUACCAAGUUUGGAAUCAACAUAGCUGAAGGGAAACGGGAGGCCCGUGGUGAUCCAGCAUUCGUGAGGGAAUCUUGUUAUGGCAGCUUAAAGAGACUUGGUAUCGAUUGCAUCGAUCUCUAUUACCAACAUCGUGUUGAUACUCGUGUGCCUAUUGAAGUCACGAUUGGAGAGCUUAAAAAACUUGUUAAGGAGGGGAAAAUAAAAUACAUUGGUCUGUCUGAGGCCUCGGCGUCAACAAUCCGAAGAGCACAUGCAGUUCAUCCGAUAACAGCUGUUCAGUUGGAGUGGUCGCUAUGGUCAAGAGAUGUAGAGGAGGAAAUAGUUCCAACGUGCAGGGAACUUGGUAUUGGAAUUGUUGCAUAUAGUCCUCUUGGACGAGGAUUCUUGUCAUCGGGAACAAAGUUGCUUGAGAAUCUGACAAAAGAAGACUACCGGCAGAGACUGCCUAGAUUUCAACCUGAAAAUUUGGAGCAGAAUAAGACUAUAUUUGAGAGGAUUAAUGAACUGGCUGCAAAAAAAAGAUGUACACCAUCUCAGCUUGCAUUAGCUUGGGUUCAUCACCAAGGAAAAGACGUUUGCCCUAUUCCCGGAACCACCAAACUUAAGAACUUUGAGGAGAACAUUGGGGCAUUGUCUGUCAAACUAACACCCGAAGAAAUGGCAGAACUCGAGUCCUUCGCUGCCAUAGAUGCUGUCAAGGGUGAUAGGUAUGGCGAUGAUGGUUUUUCUUUAUGGCAGAACUCUGAUACCCCACCACUUUCUUCUUGGAAAGCUGCAUUAUGAAGUGCAUUGCUUAAUGCUUAUAUUAGUGAUCCUUAAAGUAUUUUCUGCUGCUACUUUAAGAAACAUAUCAGUAUGAGGGGUGGAAUUCCUUCGAAUUCAAAAGGAAUAUAUAAGCCUUUCUAGUUUCUACCAAUUGUUGUGUCUUUAUUAGUGGUUUGAACUCUAUUCAAGAUAAUUCCAUAUAUCAAAAUAAAUGCAAGCUGUAGCUUGAAACUAACUGAAGUGAGUGUGAUUAUUGCCUCUGCAUAUUAGCUUGAGUAACAUACCUUGCUUCA